AUGGCGGCCGUGAGUCUGAGGCUCGGAGACCUGGUGUGGGGAAAGCUGGGCCGGUAUCCUCCAUGGCCAGGAAAGAUUGUUAAUCCACCUAAAGAUCUGAAGAAACCUCGUGGAAAAAAGUGCUUCUUUGUGAAGUUUUUUGGAACAGAAGAUCAUGCGUGGAUCAAAGUGGAGCAGCUGAAGCCUUAUCACCCUCACAAAGAGGAAAUGAUAAAGAUUAACAAGGGUAAGCGCUUCCAGCAAGCCGUGGAUGCUGUAGAGGAGUUUCUUAGAAAAACCAAAGGCAAGGACCAGGCGUCUUCCCAUAACUCCAAUGAAGAGAAGAAUCGGCGUAAUUCCAGUGAAGAAAGAGGCAAGCAAUCUGCUGGUGAAGAGAAACGCAAAGCCAGUUUGUCUGAAGGGAAGUUGAAGAAGGGCACAGGGGAAGGAAAAAAGAGGGUCUCUUCUGUAUCGUCAGAGAGAGGAUCAAAAUCACCUUUGAAAAGAGCCCAGGAUCAGAGCCCCCGAAAACGGGGGCGUCCACCCAAGGAUGAGAAGGACCUCACAAUUCCAGAGUCAAGUACAGUGAAGAGAGUGAUGACUGGAACAGUGGCUGGAUUUAAAUGGCCGCCAAGUGUCAGCGAGCCUGUGAAGGACAGUGAUCCACACUUUCAUCACUUCCUGCUGAGCCAGACAGAGAAGCCAGCUGUCUGCUAUCAAGCCAUCACAAAGAAGCUGAAGGUUUGUGAAGAGGAAACAGGAUCCACCUCCAUCCAGGCAGCAGACAGCACAGCAGUCAAUGGCAGUAUCACGCCUACAGACAAAAAGAUAGGAUUUCUGGGACUUGGCCUGAUGGGAAGUGGCAUUGUCUCCAACUUACUGAAGAUGGGUCACACCGUCACUGUCUGGAACCGGACCGCCGAGAAGUGUGAUUUGUUCAUCCAGGAGGGGGCACGACUGGGAAGAACCCCCGCUGAAGUUGUCUCCACCUGUGACAUCACCUUUGCCUGUGUAUCAGAUCCAAAAGCAGCAAAGGAUCUGGUACUUGGUCCGAGUGGAGUGUUGCAAGGGAUUCGCCCAGGGAAGUGUUAUGUGGAUAUGUCCACUGUGGAUGCAGAUACAGUCACAGAGUUGGCCCAGGUGAUAGUGUCCCGGGGUGGUCGCUUUUUGGAAGCACCGGUCUCAGGAAAUCAGCAGCUAUCUAAUGAUGGGAUGCUUGUGAUCCUGGCAGCUGGCGACAGGGGUUUAUAUGAGGACUGCAGUAGCUGUUUCCAAGCGAUGGGGAAGACCUCUUUUUUUCUAGGUGAAGUAGGCAAUGCUGCCAAGAUGAUGCUGAUUGUGAACAUGGUCCAGGGCAGCUUCAUGGCAACGAUAGCAGAAGGACUGACUUUGGCUCAAGUGACUGGCCAGUCCCAACAAACCCUUCUGGAUAUCCUCAAUCAGGGACAACUUGCCAGCAUCUUCCUGGACCAGAAGUGCCAAAAUAUCUUGCAAGGAAACUUUAAACCUGAUUUCUACCUGAAAUACAUACAGAAGGAUCUUAGAUUAGCUAUUGCACUGGGUGAUUCUGUCAACCACCCAACUCCCAUGGCAGCGGCUGCCAACGAGGUCUAUAAACGAGCAAAAGCAUUGGACCAAUCAGACAACGACAUGUCUGCAGUGUACAGGGCCUACAUCCACUAGGCUGCACCGUUCUUACUGUUAAUACUAUGAUUAUUGAUUAAUAUUAUUAUGAUACUGGGUUUUAACUCUGGACCAGUCCAUCUCUGUCUCUCCAUUUCCUUUUAUACACAGACUUUGAGAUCUGCCACGGAGGCAGCUGCUGCAGUGAGCCUUCCCCUGGUGGCAGAAGGGGGGGAGGAGGGGGCUCGGAUUGUUGCAGUCUAAUUAGAAAAAUCCAUGCCAUGCACUGACAGUCAUGGAACAGAACAGUGGCGGCUUGUUCAGAAGCUCUGAGGCAACUCUGCCAGAAAUCUGCUGCUUGGCUGCUUUUAUUUUCCUCUUUGUAUGCUUGUCCAAGAUGCUGUUUCUAACGAUCCCUUUUCUCCUUUGCUGUGAAAUAAUGCAUUGUGUUGGACUCUGCAUCAAGGGGACAGGUGACAUACAUCCCGCCUACCUGUGAAUAUCACUAAAGUCCUUGGUCCCAAGUAAGGUGAGGAGCAUUCCUGUUAAUCGGCCACUGUUAGACAACAAAGCACCUCCCAUGGAGGAGAAUGGCAGUUCCAGAAGGUAACGGGGUUGCAUGCAACGCUGUCUUGAUUCUGUUUCUUUUUAAACUUCCACCUCCCCAGCACCUUGAUGGAGGAAUUCCUUGUAUUGUUAAGAAGAACAGAUUGCAUCCGUGUCUUCCCCUGUACAGACAACUAUAGCUUAGGGAACACAAACCUUGCUGAAAAUGAGAGAAUGCCAGUGUAAAUGAGCCUCCUAAAAGGCUAAUCAUAGCUGCCCGUCCCACAAACACCAUCGGAGAUCAACAUGUUUGCAUAGAAAACUGCAAGAGAAACACAUAGCGUAAAACUGGGCCAGGGAUAUUUUAUUUGGGGGAGGAACAAACCUUAGGGUUGCUCCUGGCCUUAGCUUAUGUUGCUUUACUGCCUGCUUUUUUUUAACCCCUGUAGUCAAUAAUUACAAAGGUGUCUUGGAUUGUAGCAGUGUCACAAGCAGAGUGAUGAGUCUGAAAGGGGCGAGAAGAAUGAUUGUAGAGCCAAGAGAUUGAGAAUCCUGAGCUCCUUUCCAUGCUCUUUUUGGCCUUUGCAUGGUUAUUAUAUCUCUUAGCCUGUUUGCCCAUCUUUAAAGGUGGGUGAUGAUUACCUACCUCACAGGGAUCUUUUUCUGUACUGAUUAGUGAUCUUUAUACAUGUCAGAUUUUCCAUACAUGUUCUUAGUGUUACUACUCUGGGUACAACACUAGCGCAGCAUGAGAGUUUUCCCUGUACCUGUGACUCUGCUUGUGGCCGGAUACCAACUUCUAGAAAGACCAGACUAUUUGGUAAAACAGGAGGCUAAGCCCACUGCUGAGCUUUAGUCUAGAAACGUGGGACUUGAACUGCAGAUGCCAAGGCUAGAGAGCAGAGAUGCUCUCGGUGUUGAUAGCAGAGCAACCCAGAGUCCAAAGGAUGCCUGUCCCUCUAAAAAUGCACAGAGCGUGUUUUUUUUUUUUUAAUUGUUCUCAGUAUUAGCCUUUUAGGAGGGUUCUUGCAUUUUAGAUUU